CCCACAGACAAAGCCAGAAGAGUGGGUUGCUACUACUUUACACUUUGCACUGUGCACUACUCAAUUCCUUCAACAAUUCAAUCAGCCAUGAGUUUUCAAGAUAUCCAAGGUGGGGCCAGCACUCCCGCUCGCCGGAACCAGUCUCCGUCGCAUGCCGUCGCUGCCGGAAUCUUCCAGAUCAACACCGCCGUCGCUACUUUCCGGCGACUCGUCGAUGCCGUUGGAACCGUUAAAGACACGCCUGAGCACCGUCAGAAGCUGCACAAUACGAGGCAGAGGAUAUUGCAGUUGGUGAAGGAUACAUCUUCUAAGCUCAAAUCCUUGACCGAAUCUGAUCAUGAUGCCAAUGUCAAUGCUAGUAAGAAAAUUGAAGAUGCUAAGCUAGCAAAAGAUUUCCAGACCACAUUGCAAGAAUUCCAGAAAGUGCAACAGCUUGCUUCGGAGCGCGAAUCAACUUACACACCUGCUGCCCCUUCUUCUUUACCAACAAGCUCUGACUAUGGUGAAGAAUCGGUUAAAAUAGACCUGGAAAGCCAACCUUUAAUCAGAGAGCAGAAGAGGCAAGAGAUACUUCUAUUGGAUAACGAAAUAUCCUUCAAUGAGGCCAUGAUUGAAGAAAGAGAACAAGGUAUUAGAGAGGUAGAAGAGCAAAUUGGACAAGCAAACGAAAUAUUCAAGGACCUAGCUGUUCUGGUUCAUGAUCAGGGGGUUGUUAUUGAUGACAUUCACUCAAAUAUCGAUGCUUCUGCUGGUGCAACAACCCAAGCUAGGGUUCAGCUAGCCAAGGCUUCCAAAGGUGUGAAAUCCAGAAUCUCAUGGUGUUGGUGGGUGCUUGUAAUUUUGGUGGUGGUGGUGGUCAUCUUACUUAUUGUACUUAUUAUUUAGUGUGCAAAUGCAUAGAAGCUGGAUAGGUUUUUUACUCCCUCAUUAUUACUUUUCUGAGAUUGAUUUAAAUUGAUUAAUCUUCUCAUAUUCUGUUGAGUGUUUUAUGGUGUGAAGAGUGUUUUGACCAAAAGAGAUGUGUUGAGAGUGUUCUGCAGCCCUCCACACCCAGCAGCCAGCAGUUUGAGCUGGAAGUUGGAGGAAGUGAUUGUAAGUUAAGCGAUUUUAAGAAAAGCUGUUUGUUAUUUGUAAUAUAGAUUUGCAAUUUAGAAUUUGUAGGUUCUGUUCAAACAUUAAUUCGCCAGCCAUGUACAAUAAAUUACCAAAGCGUAUAAUAUAACAUCCAUGCUGCUUUGU